AUGGCAUCCAAUGAGCGGAGGUCCUCUCCUGGUCCCUACGUUGUUCUCUUUGCAUUCGACCUGAACAACAUCUCACCAAGUGCAGCAAGCAUCCUGGAACUUGUCACAAAGCAUUUUGGGGACAGCAUCUUGAACCACAUGAUGGUCGUGGUGUGUCAUGAAGAGGAGAAGGAGGAUUCAGCUCUUGAGGAGAAAGUCAAGACUAACAGAGACUUCAGGGAGCUCAUUGAGAAGUGUGGCCAAAGGUAUCACCUCUUCAAUGAGAGGAAGGCCCGGAGAGAUGAGAAGGAUUCCAGACAGCUCCUUGGGAAGAUGGACGACAUGGUGAGGGACAACGGAUGCAGUUUCUACUCCAAUCACCAAUACCAGGAAGCAGGAAGCAGAGGAGAGAAUCCAGAAGAGGAGCGUUUCAUGAUGAAAGGAAGAAAGAAAGAGAUGCUGACAAAGAGGAAGGAUCUGGGGAGUAGUUACACAGGUGAAGGUCUUGAGAAGGAGCUGCUGCAGUUUGAGACAAGGAUAAGAGUAGAGAACCGAGAGAAGGCUGAGAGGAAGAUCUCAGAGGUACUGGGAUUUACUCUCACAGCAGUUGACUAUGCUGCUGCAGUAGGUAAAGCAGCUCUAGGGGCUUUAUGUGGAGCGGUCGUGGGGUUUGACGGUAUGGCGGUGGGAGCCACUGUAGGUGCCGUCGUCGGGGGCAUAGGAGGUGCUGCUAGUGCGGCAUGGGGUUACCUCACAAACACUGCUGCACAAAUGAAUAGACGUUGA